AUGUCGCGCUCCUUCUAUGUCGACUCGCUCAUCAUCAAGGACUCCUCACGGCCCGCGCCCUCGCUUCCCGAGCCGCACCCCGGGCCAGAUUUUUUCAUCCCGCUGGGCAUGCCGUCCCCGUUGGUGAUGUCCAUGUCUGGGCCGGGCUGCGCGUCCCGCAAGAGCGGCGCGUUCUGCGUUUGCCCGCUCUGCGUCACUUCGCACCUGCACUCCUCUCGUGGGCCCGCGAGCUCCGGCGGCGGGAACGCCGGGGCUGGGAGUGCAGGGGCCGCGGGUGGCGGAGCGGCAGGAGCCGCCGGGGCCCUGCCCCUGCUCAAGAGUCAGUUUUCUUCGGGUCCUGGGGACGCACAGUUUUGCCCGCGCGUGAGCCACGCGCACCAUCACCACCACCCGCCGCAGCACCACCAUCACCACCACCAGCCCCAGCAGCCCGGCUCGGCUGCAGCAGCAGCAGCGGCCGCGGCGGCAGCGGCGGCGGCCGCGGCGGCCUUGGGGCACCCACAGCACCACGCACCUGUCUGCACCGCCACCACCUACAACGUGGCAGACCCGCGGAGAUUUCACUGCCUCACCAUGGGGGGCUCGGACGCCAGCCAGGUACCCAAUGGCAAGAGGAUGAGGACGGCGUUCACCAGCACGCAGCUCCUAGAGCUGGAGCGGGAAUUCUCUUCCAACAUGUACCUGUCUCGACUCCGGAGGAUCGAAAUCGCCACGUACCUGAAUCUGUCAGAGAAGCAGGUGAAAAUCUGGUUUCAGAACCGCAGGGUGAAGCAUAAGAAGGAAGGGAAGGGCACGCAAAGGAACAGUCACGCGGGCUGCAAGUGCGUUGGCAGCCAGGCGCACUUCGCGCGCUCCGAGGAUGAGGACUCCUUGUCGCCGGCCUCUGCCAACGAUGACAAGGAGAUUUCCCCCUUAUGA